AUGGAUCCUGUCUACAGAUGCAUGCAGCCAUAUCCCUACCAGAGGGGUCAAGUACAUUACAGACCUUAUUACUACCCAAGCACAGAACCUGUCUGGACUCCAAUGUAUGCUGAUCCGGCUCCAUUUCCAAUGCAUUACGAAUGUUGUCCUUGGGGUGGCAGCUAUGGCUAUUCCUACCCUGUACACGGCCAUGGCUGUUGUAACCCUAGCCAUUCCCAGGAAAACUAUGCUUGGAGACCUCAUUCUCAUGUUCCACCGGUUCACUGCCAUCGAAAUCAUCCUUCUUUUCAAGCACCACAUACAAUUCCGUAUAUUCCUGUCCCAGAUUAUUCUAUUGGGAAUCCACGGUAUGAGUACGAAAAGAAUAUGCCAAGAGAUCAUCAUUGUUGUGGAUGUCCUAACCAUCAGCGCAGUAAGAAAGAAGAGAAAAAUGUAAGGAUUGAGGAAGAGGAUCCUGACAAGGAAAUGAAAAGCAAUGAAUCCUUGGUUCCUCUUCAGUUAAAGAAUUAUCGACACCCAAUUGUGUGGUUUCCAUCUGAAUAUGGAAAUAAUGAGGAACACAAGAAGUCAAAAGAAUCGGAAUACACAGAUCAGAAGGAGGAUUUGCAUGACAAUCGAAAAAUUAUUGAACAGAAACCAGCUGUCUUACCAAAUGACGUGAACAACUCGGGAUCACUAAAGAAAAGUGGAGAUCAGGUAAGAAACCAGAAUCAACAAGAUGAUGGUAAGGGCAACUUCCCAUUCCCAAUAUUCUGGAUGCCCUACAAACCUGAGGAAAUGGAAAAGAAAGAAGGCGAGGUGAACAAUGUUUGUCCAGAACCAAGCAUGGAAUCCUUCCAGCUUCCUUACAGUGGAGGCAACUUAAAAAUGAAUGGGGAACGUACUAAUCACAAUGCUUCUUCAAGGACAAAGGAUAUUCCCGUGAAGCAAGUUGAACAGCUGCUUGAAAAGGAGAAUACAGGUAAUCACAAGGCAAAAGAAAACAAUGCUUCAGUGAAAGAUUUUAUUGACAAUGGAGAUGAGAAAUGCACUGAAGGAAGUGCUCAAAGGAAGUCCACUUCUCCUAAGAAAGCAUCUCUGCCUCCUGUUUGUCUGAGAGUUGACCCGUUGCCAAGGAGGAAAAACACUAAUGGAAGCUCAAGAUCUCCUAGUCCUCCGGGUGACAAGUGGAAGUUGAAUCAAUCGUCUAAUCAAGCAAGCAUCGUCCCAAGUUCAACAGAAAUUGUGAAGUCAAAUGUGAUCAAUGACGAUGAGUCCAGGAACGGGACGACCAACAAAAAACCUAUUGAGGUUAUGGAAGGGAAAACUGAGCAAGGAGGAGAUGUGGAUGUGAAUACAACUCAUGCCUUUGAAAAGGAUAUUCAGGCAAACCAAGCUGAUGAAAGGUUCACGGAGGACAAGCUUUCUAGGGAAUGCACCAGGCCUGAUAAAGCAGAUGUUAGAGGUCAAUCAAAUGAUGGUGGAUCUCAGAUAGCGGAGGAAGAAGAAUUAUCCAGGGGUGAAGAAGUGAUUGCUAAUGAAAUAAAGGAACCUGAAAUAAAGAAACUGACAGAUUUGGAAGCAGCUAUUGUUAUUCAGUCGGCGUAUCGUGGAUUUGCAAUUCGCAGAUGGGAGCCGUUAAAGAAGUUGAAGCAAAUAGCUAAAGUGCGUGAGCAGAUAGCUGUGAUAAAGCUUCUUAUUCAAGAGAUGGAAUUAUCUUCUGAUAUCCAACGCGAUAAUAAGCAAAUACACAUGAUUGGAGAAACUAUAAUGAGCCUGCUGCUUAAACUGGACACAGUUCAGGGUUUGCACCCCAGCAUCAGGGAUAUCAGAAAAUCCGUUGCUAGAGAGCUUGUGUGUUUUCAGGAGAAGCUAGACUCUUUAAUUGAUAAAAAGCCAUCACAUGGUCACGAGUCAAUCAAUGGAGUAGAUGAAGGGGCACUUAAGGAGACCAAAAAUGAUGCAUCUAUCCAAGAUGGACACAGGGUGGAAAAUUCUGGUGUGGAUAGUUUUUUACCAAAAAAUAACCAUGAAGCUGAGGCUCAUUUAGUUGAAUGGUGUCAUGGACAGUCCGUGAACAUGGAAAUAUCAGAGCCAAUGUUGGUUGGAGAACUGGAGGGUGGAAACUUAGAGAAAAAUUCUACAGAAAUAUCUGAGAGCUGUGGCAUUGAAAGAAUCGAGGCAGGACCUAAACCAGACUUUAAACUAGGAGAUGAGCAGGACUAUAAAGUGCAGGAAAAUAAAGAAGAAUCAAUCUCCUUUCAACUGACUGAAUCUGGACAAGAUAUGACAGAUUCUCCAACAAUUGAUGGUGUUAUGUCUCCAAGUGAGUUGGCUGAGUUGCCCCCUGGAGUGCUGGAUGGUGAUGUUGAUGCUCAAGGAUGCAUGAAGCAUAGACAGAUUAAAUCAGGUGAACACGAAGUUGCGGUAAAUGAGCUAAUGGCAGAUGUAGAGCAAGCGAAGGAGAUAGAGGAAGGAUCAAAGGCAGAGUCAGUCACUACAGAACUCAAGGACAAUAAUGGACGUGAUGGAAACAAAGUAGACAUUGAACUGUGUGAGGAGCCGUUAUCUAAAUCAAAUGACAUUCAGGUACAAGCUGAAGGAAACUUGAGUAUCAACAAUGAAUUUGUUAAGAUAUACGAUAAAACAGAUGAAAAGAUUGGAUCAGAGGAGGUGAUGGUAGACAAGCUCAGAGAUGUUGGAGGAGCUGGAGCUGAAUCUGAUGAACACACUUCUCAACCAUCUCAGAAUACUGGAGCCAAAAUGAAAGAACCUAAAGCAGCAGAUAAUAAGACUGGAUCAGAGGUGGUGGUGGAAGACAAGCUUGGAGAUGCCAUACCUGAACCUGAUGAAUGCACUUAUCAACCAUCAUGUACCACAGGACCUAAGAUCAGCGAACCUAAAGGAGGGGAUGAUAAGAAUGGAUCGGAGGAUGUGAUGGAUGACGAACUUGGAGAUGCUGGAGCUGAUUUACGGGAGAAGAUUGUGGAAGAAAAGCUAGGAGAUUCCAUGACUGAAUCUGAUGAAUGCCCCUCUCAACCACCAUAUUACACUGGAUCUAAGAUCAAAGAACCUGAAGGAGCAGGGGAUAAGAUUGGGUCAGAAGAGAUGGUGGACGACAAGCUUAAAGAUGCCAUUGCUGAAUCUUACAAGUGUACUCGACUACCGAAGGACGCUGGGGCAAAGAUCAAUGAACCUACAGAGACUCCUGAUGAGUUGAAACUGCAAAUGGGAGAACCUUUUCAAGGAGAGAAUGAAAUCGACAAUAGAGUACCUGAAGCCUUUGGAGGUAAUGAUCCUAAGAACUCAUCUACAUAUGAAGAGGUUUUAGAUAUGCCUACAGAGAGGAAAGCAACCCUAGCACGAGAAUACAACGCGAAGCAAUUUCAGCUAGAGGAGCAUAUUGAAGUGCACGAAUCAGAAUCCUCAGAUGGGAAUGAGAAAAAUGCAGCUUCUGAAUGUGACGUCCCAGACAGGAUGGCAUUCAUACCUGCAGGAGUUACUGAACCAGCAUCUCCCACUACAAACCAGGGAUCACAUAAUGGCAGUGACGUGACAGAGAGCAAUAGGAACCUGAUGGAAGAGAACGAAAAAUUGAGAGAGAUGAUGGAGAAAUUGAUCAAAGCAGGUCAUGAACAGUUGACUACCAUUUCUAGUCUCUCUGGAAGAGUCAAGGACUUGGAAAAGCAACUGUCCAAGCGAAAGAAACUGAAGAUGCAUCGCUACAAACUCCUUGAUGCAUCAUGCAGCUAUGUAGCUGCUUGCUCAUACAUGUAUUUGCUUGCACGCAAGCAGUUAAACAGCUUAGACUGCUUGUGUACAAGUUGCAAUGGAUAG